AUGGAUUCUAAAACUUUCCACCGUCCUCUUCUUCUUGUUCUUGUUUUUUCUCUUCUUGUCGUUUCAUCGUUUUGUCUUCCCGACAAAAAAAUCUAUCCCAAUAACCAUACGGCGGCGUUUCGGUCGGAGAAUCAGUUGAAGAAAUUGAAGCUUAUUCAAGCUGAUCUUAACCGAAUCAACAAGUUCCCUGUCAAAACCAUUCAGAGUCCAGAUGGUGACUUUAUAGAUUGUGUUGAAACUCAUCGGCAGCUAGCUUUUGAUCAUCCAUUGCUCAAAGGAAAGAAGCCAUUGGAUCCACCGGAGAGACCGUAUAACCAGAGCCAUUCCGGUGAGGUGGAGACGGAAAUGUUCCAAUUAUGGAGCAUGUCCGGAGAAUUCUGUCCAGAGGGGACAGUUCCGAUCAGAAGAACGACAGAAGAGGAUAUGUUGAGAGCGAGUUCGGUUCAGAGAUUUGGAAGAAAAGCCAGCGGAGACUCUCCCAGUAAAGGCCAUGAGUAUGCAGUGGGGUUUGUAGGUGGAGGACAGUACUACGGAGCCCAGGCAAGCAUGACUGUAUGGAAGCCGCGGGUCAACUAUCGAUUCGAGUUCAGCCUCUCACAGAUAUGGCUCAAGGAGCUGCAAUGGCUUUGUCAUGAUAUCGACGAGCUGAUCCUUGGAGGAAAUGAGUCGAACAUCAAGCUGACGAGUCGAUACUCGUUCACGAACGAAGUGAUAAUCAACCUCAACAUGCUUCGUCCGUCGAUGAAAGAUUGGAUUGGCGGACAGGUAGGUGGCACCAAUGUUGUCACACCACAGGCUAGGCGUUCGCGCUUGCGAGAUCCCGAGCUCACGCAAGAGAACUUGGAUCCAAAUUAA